AACGCUGAUUUUAUGAAGUGUUGCUGAAACUUAUCUCUUUUAUUUUUAUGUUAAUAUAAUGUCCGAGGAUUCUGAAGAACCACAGGAAUAUUUUGAAAGGCUUUGGCCACUUAAGAGAUAUGACAAAAUAAUCGAGAGGCUCUCCACUCCAACUUUUAGUUGUAGCACGACAGAGAAAUUGCCUCCAUUGCCUCCUGUAGUGAAACCGGAGGCCCCAUCUUCUCUCUAUGCUAUGGUAACGAGAAACGCCCGUCAUCCUCCGUUGAUGAACCCCUUUUCUUUGACACAAGCAUCACCAUUCAAGGAACAGGAGCACUGGCGUUCACCUAGCCAGUCUAUUGGAAAUAACUUUUCACCAAAUGCUGCCAACUUAUCUAUGCGAAGUCUGGCAAAGUACAGCAACUUAUCUAAAAACUGUGUGAAGAAAGACAAAGAAGACGAUGUCUCCCAUCGCAGGUAAAAUUUUCACCAUGUUGUUUGGCAUAAUAAAUAUCAACCAACCUAACGACUUUCACACAAACCCAUAAUUGUUUUGAGUUACCUAAGAC